UAAUUGUAGCUACCUUGAAAGACGAUAUCCGCGGGUAAUUGAGUGGUCAGGUUCACCCCACUGAUCAACAACACCCCUGUUUACGGUACAUUGGAAAGAGGGCCGACUUAGGAGCGACUUUGUAGAAGAUCAUUUUAUUGAAACUUUUUUAGUCACCAUGAAAUCUGAAAAAGAUGCAGAACAGACUGAAACUGAGUCCCAAGGGGAACCAGAUCCAGUCAUACAAGAAGACAACGAAAACGAAGAGGCGGAUAUAUCAUACGAAGAAAUAAAUGACGAAACCAUUGCUUUCAUACAAUUGCUGGAAUCAUUUAAGGUGUCGAUUGAAGUGAUCAACAAGUUUCUUGCAAACGGAUAUGACGUAGAAUCUCUCAAAGUUAUCGAACGACGAGAAAUCGAGGAGCUCCUUUGUGAACCAUUCCUUGGAGAUAGGACAAAAAUUAUUCAUGGAUUGAAUGUGUGGCGAAAAUCACAGAACCUGCAACCCGUUUCGUCUCCACUGAAACUCGUUCAAAAUCUCCCUCAGCCUAAGGAUCAACCAGAGACCAAGCAACGGGAAAUGUUUUCAGCGAAAUUCCUGAUCAAUAAAUCCGCCAAAGGGAAACAAAUUCUUGAAACCUAUAAGUUAUCGCGUAUUCUCACAAAAUCACAAAAGAGAAUGAUAACGCAUAUCGUCAUCGACGAAUUUAAAGACGUUUUUGGUAAACUAACACAUAUCGAACUUCUGAGUCGAGCCGACGAGUUGGGCGAUCUUUUUCCAACUGAAUCAAAGGAGUCUUGGUACCAGCCAACAUUCGCACUUGUUGCCGGAAAGAAAACGAGACUGGGACAUUUGCCAAAGGGCUGCCUUUAUGACCGGAACUGCAACUACACUGCUCUCCAAGCGUCGCAACAGAAAUCAAACGAUAGUGAGAAUAUUACACCGCCAUGUUCGCCUUCCGAUGCUGAUUGGGUUGAGUACCAGCAAGCGAAGACAUGGAUUAGGCACCAUGAAGACGAAUGGCCCGCAGUUAUGCAGAAAUGGGCAUCAACAAGCGUUAUUCGCUUGUACGAAAUCUCUAAACUGGAUAAACCGACUUGUGAACUGGUUUUGGAUUUAUUUCCGACACUGCGCAAACCCGAAGGAUAUCAACUCGGCCGAAUCGAUUUCGACACAAAGUUCCCAACGAAAAGCGCCGCAUUAUUUGCAAAAUGGAAUGUACUCAUCUCAUCGCUCAAGCCUAUUUUCGUUGCUGAUGUGACGGACAAAGCCGGCAAAGCAAUUCUCAGCCUACUGGAACGUGAUCUUAAUGAAGAUUGCCGUGAUGUUGCUUACUCGAUGUUGCUUCCAUACAUUUUGCCGUGCUCUGUACUCACUCUCUUAAACAAAUCAAAGUGGAAACCUAGUUAUAUCGAGAACCGGAAUAGCUUUGUUUUCUGGGUACAGAACAUAACAGAUCUACAAUCGAAAGUUAAAGCUCACCAUAUCUCGCGCUCUGAGAAUAGAGGAAUGUUACCAUGUCCGCUUGUGGUCGUCGUUGGUCCAGAACUCACCCAGCUGAACACCUUCAUCAUAUCCUUCGGUGACGCAUUCUACCGCCUUCCCACCUUCCUGAAAGCGUUGGAUGUGUGCUAUAAACUCCACAAAGUCUACAACCUACCUUUCGCGAAGGAAUGUGCAGGAUCAUGGAACCUAAUCAACCACGUUAUCUACGACUUCCCGCUGGAAAAUUCUUGUCGUGCGAAAAUUCUUUCGAUCAUUAAUGUGAUCAACACCGGAAGUUAA